AUGUUAACAUUAACAAAUAUUAGUUUAAAAAUUAUAUUUGAAUCAUUAAAUGAUUCACCUUUGGACCAAAUUUGUUUUGCUUUUUCUUGUAAAAAAAUUUAUAAUGAAAAAAGUAAUUAUCUUUUACCGACUGAUCAUAGUUUGGUAAACUCUUCAAACAAAUCAAGACCAGUUUCAGUUGCCAAUUGGAGUACACUGGUUGGGAAUUCAGAUCAUCUCGAUCUUACUUUGGAAUUGAUUGAGAGAUCGGAUUUCGCUAUCAAAGAUUGUGUAUCCAGUUUAAAGUUUGUAUGGGCAUUUGCAAAACCACUACCAUCAACAUUUGUCAUUCCCAAUCAUAUUACUAAAUUAGAUUUGGCAGGUCUAAUCAACCAAGAUAUAAAGAUUGGAUUCCUACCUUCAAAUCUCCAAUACCUAGAUCUGAGUGGAAUUCGUUUCAAAUCCUCAAUAGAACCAGGUUUAAUUCCAGAGAGUGUUACGAAAUUGAUAUUACCAUAUCAAUAUAAUAUACCUUUGAAACCAGGUGUCAUCGGAGCGAAUGUUCGUCACUUGGAAUUUGGAUUCUUUUAUAAUCAUCCAUUAAAAGAAUCUAUUAUUCCAGAUGGUGUAGAGGAAAUUGAAUUUGGUAAUGAUUUCAAUCAACCACUUGAAUAUCUACCCUGGAGUCUUAAAAGAUUAAAGUUAGGUGGUUCUUUUAAUCAAUCAAUUGCUCAAGAGAAAUCUUUACCAGAAGGCUUGGAGCAAUUAAUCUUUGGAUAUCAUUUCAAUCAACCAAUUCCCAUCGGAUGCUUACCACCCAACUUACGGAUUUUAACUUUUGGUUGUAAUUUUAAUCAACCAAUCGUACCUGCCGGUUCAAUUCCUAGACAAAUAGAAAGAUUAGAAUUUGGUUAUAAUUUCAAUCAUCCAAUACCAAGAGAUUCCAUUCCAUCCACAAGAUUAUAUUUCAAUUCAAUACCAGCCAACGUAGAGUAUCUAUCUUUGGGAUCUUCGUUUAAACAAAGGUUACUUCUCUAUCCAAUCAUUAUUGGUAAUCAUAGAUCGCUAUUAUUAAAUGAAAAUCAAUUACUUGCUAACUGCUCUACAUCAUUUACAACACCUACAAAUAUAUCAUCACAACAACCACUACUCCCUAUACAACUUAAAGAAUUGGCAUUCGGAGUAUCACUUUUACAACAAAACAAAUUCAUCAAUUUACAACAAUCGAUUACUACAUUUACUCUACUUUUAUCACAACCUCUCAAAGCGAGACGUUUCAAUCAAAGAUCGAUUCUAUUAAUGAUCAACUUUUGA